CAAAAACGUCAAAAAAGCACCAUGGCGCGGCGCUUGGCCCGUGGCCUCUCCUUGGCCCUGCUGUGCUCCGUGGCCUUCGUUCGGCCGGGGCCGGUGAGACCUGAACGCACGGCGCGCGCAGCGAGCGCAGGGCUGUGGCAGGAGGCGCUAACAGCGGAGCGCGGGAGGGCGGAGCUGCUGCUCAGCAAGUUGCAGGACUUGGAAGAUCUUGGCGCCAGAGAGAGUUGUGGUGCUCUGGCGGAAAAACUGCAGGUCCUCUUGAAGCAAGAGACGCCUGCGAGCCAGGAGUCUUUUGACACGUUGCGAAGCGCCAAUGAUCAGCUGGACGAGGCGUUGAAAGAGUUGGAGAGCCCCAGAUCGCCGUCCCUGCCGUCUGUGGUGCCAAGCUCCCAACUCCCAGGGGACCCGGUGACCAUCGAUUUGUUGCCACCGGUGCGCGAAACCGAUGGUCCUGCUCUGAUACCUGGAGCAGCGCAUGUGCGGGUCUCCCUGCCAUUGGUGGACAACUCUGAGGUGAUGUGGGGCUGCGACCUGACUCCCUUGUACGAUGAGACUGGAAGCCGCCUGAUGUCAUUCACGGCAUUUCUUCCCUUGGGCAUGCGACUUGCAGGCCAAUCGCGCCCUGCAGCUCUUCCCCCCGCAGAUGCUGACCUGGUGGUGGUGGAAGAGGUGGAUCUCCGAGGCGAAGCCGACGUGCUGGGCAUCCGCGCGGGGGACGUGCUGCGGGCCGUGUCCUAUGUGGGGACGGGGCCGGAGCCCGGCUGGUUGGAUCAGAUGUUGGGAGCUAAAGCCAUGCCGAUGAAGAAGGUCAUGAAGUGCGAUGGCCGUUCAGUCGAGGAGGUGACUGAAGCGCUACAGUCCAACAGAGAGAGUCCUGAUGGUCGACUUGUGUUGCUACUGGAACGCCCUGCAUGAGGCAACAGUUGGCCAACACAACGACCAGCUGUGGCCAGUCGACCAGCUAGAGUUCAUCUCUGGGAUGCUGUGAGUCGUGCGGGAGCUGACAUCGAUUCUGAGUCUGUUUCAAGAAGACAAGCUGAAAUCUUAUGCCGCAGAAUGGACAUUUGACACAAUUCGAAGAUCUUGUGCAAUCUCCAAUUUUCAAAAGGUGCACGCACCAGUGCACCACUUUGCCACACUAUGUGGGGCAAAGAUUGUCGAUGAAUCCGGGCUGAGAUGGCGGCGGAUUCCGACCAAACAUCCCCACUGGGUCCUUUGAUUGCUUUGAAAUCGGUGGGUAUCGAUUUGCUGCUGGUGAUCCGAGAUCAGAAAUUGAAGGGUCCUUUCGGAG